UGAAUCCUUGUUGAAGCAUCAGACAGCAGGAUCUGUUGGCCAGAUGCUGCUGGAUGCUGACAGGGGAAAGCUGAUUCGGAGACAAGCGGCCAGAGAUGUUUGGACACGUCGUCACUUUGGAUCUGGGCAUCUGAAUGAGUGUCCCUGCUUCAUGAGGCUUUGAAUUUGAGCCUAGGCUGGUAACCCACUUUCGGAGCCACGCAGGUGGGAGGAUGUCGAGCACAGCUCCAUCAAAGAAGCCUUACCGCAAGGCGCCCCCACAGCAUCGCGAGAUCCGCCAUGAGGUACCCAUCAUUCGUGACGACCAGGAUGGAGAACCCUUGACGGAUACAGAAAGGAUGAAGCUGCUGCAGCAUGAGAAUGAGGAGCUUCGCCGAAGGCUGACAUAUGUGACUAACAAAAUGGAGGCGAUGGAGAGGGAGCUGGAGUCAGGUCAGGACUACCUGGAGAUGGAGCUGGGCCAGAACCGUGAGGAGCUGGAGAAAUUCAAGGACAAAUUCCGCAGGUUGCAGAACAGCUACACUGCUUCCCAGAGAACCAACCAAGACCUGGAGGAGAAGCUGCAUGCCCUGGCCUCUCUCAGCCAAAGCUGGAUUUUUGCAAUUAAAAAGGCAGAGAUGGACCGCAAGACGCUGGACUGGGAGAUUGUAGAGCUCACUAAUAAAUUGCUUGAUGCCAAAACCACCAUCAAUAAGCUGGAGGAACUCAAUGAACGCUAUCGACAGGACUGUAACCUUGCAGUACAGCUGCUCAAGUGUAACAAGUCCCACUUCAGGAACCACAAGUUUGCUGAUCUUCCGUAUGAGCUACAGGACAUGGUCAAUAAGCAUUUGCACAGCACUCAGGAGUCCGCAGGCCCUGGUCAAGAGGCAACCCACAUCUUGGCUCCAUCUGAUGUUGUGCCCACCUCAGUCAUUGCCAGAGUCUUGGAGAAACCAGAAUCUCUGGUUCUGAAUUCAGCCAAGUCUAGCAGUGGCAGCUGUCCCAUGGCUGAGGAUGUCUUUGUGCAUGUGGACAUGAGCGGAGCCCCUCCUGAUGCCUGCAACAGCGCAGGGCAGAUGGGGAAGGAGGGCGGAGAUGCAGGGAAACAGCAGAAUGGUGGCUGCAAGCCACAGAGCAGUGUGGAAGGUGUGCCAGAGGAGGUGCCUGCCUUUGAGAAGUUAAGCCCGUACCCUACACCCUCACCUCCCAAUCCUAUGUACCCUGGGCGCAAAGUGAUUGAGUUCUCUGAGGACAAGGUAAGGAUCCCAAAGAACAGCCCCCUGCCCAACUGUACAUACGCAACGCGCCAGGCCAUCUCCCUCAGCCUGGUACAGAGCGAAGAUGAGAGCUGCGACAGACACCGGACACUCCCCAACAGCCCUGCUUCAGCCCAGAGCAGCCCUUUCAGCAGCCCUCCCCAAAUCCCGAGCGCCUUUGCCAGCUCUGCCAGCUCUGAGGAGGACCUGCUGGCCAACUGGCAGCGUAUGUUUGUGGACAAGGCUCCCCCCACCUCAGAGCAGGUGCUGAGGAACCGCACAGCUUUCAGCCAUGACACGGCCCCUGAGCUCCAGAAGAGAUUCAGCCGCUCCAUGCAAGAGCUGGGUAGGGCAGCCUCGGCUUACUCGGAUGGUGAGGAGUCUGCGCAGAGCUGCAGCUGGACCGUGAGCCGGGACUCGAGCGUGGACACAGACAGCACUGAGUCCAGAGCCCGCAGGAGCCAUUUCUCCUCAGACUACGGUACAGAUUUCUCCCAGGAUGAAGCACAGAAGCUGUUGCAGGAAAGUGGCGGAGGCACUGCUGAGCCUGGAAGCCCCUCACCAGAGAAGCACAAGGACUAUGUGGACCUUGGCUUGCCUGAGAGCCCAGCUGAGGAGAGAGAAAUGUUGCUCCAGGGAAGCAAGGAGAGCAACCAAGGAGGUGCCCAAGAGGAAAGUGGAGAAGGCAGGGUCAAGCCUCCCUUCAGUCGGCCACACCGCAGCCCCAAGAGGAUGGGAGUCCACCACUUACAUCGCAAGGACAGUCUGACGCAAGCCCAGGAGCAGGGCAACCUUCUCAGCUGAGGCAGGGCAAGAAGCAGCUACAUGCUGCAGAGCUGUGGGAUGCCUCUAUCUGUCCACCUUCUGAGGGAGAAACCUCCCUUAGUACCCUCCUCCCGGGGAGGCUCUGCUCUGAAACUUUAUAUUUAUUCUCUUCUUUUGCUACCUGGAAGAGCUGGGGUCCCUGUUCCCCAGCACCUCAGACCCACAGUACUAGCACACAGUGUGCAGAAGCACACCCACUGCCCCGGCACACUCGCAGCUCUCUUCACAGCCUCACACUGGUGCCUGUACCGGAGCUUGUUCUUGGUACCCCUCAUCCUGGUGCCUGUGCCUCGUUAUGCUCGCAUCUUCCUUCCCCCUUCCCACUCAGGUACCCGAGGCCCUGGGUGCUCUCAUGCUGGUUGCCCACAGCUGCUCUGCUCUCUUUUAACUUGUGCCAACAGGGCAGAGUGACUGUGUGGUGGUGUCUGAUUCCCGGGGAGCCCCCAGGGGCUGUGAGUGGGGCACAGAGACUCUCCCAGCGGAUGGCUGUGUGCCCCUGGGGAUAUGCUGGGAUUGCUGGUGUCUCAUUUUCCUGCUGGGUUUUGUUUUCCCUGGCUGCCCUCUGGGUGGUUCUCCAGAAUCUGCCUCUGCAGGUCCCCAUCUCUUGACUUGUGCGUUGGGCUCAGCACCCAGCCCCCACUGCGGCAACGCACGGAUGCUGGUGCUGUGGCAUGGGGCACGGGUCCUAUCUGCUGUGGUGGUUUUGGGAGGCACUGCUUGCUAGGCACUGGGGUUUGUGUUUGUGUGUCUCCUCCCUCACACCUCUUCCCCUGCUCUCUGUGCUAUUGUUUUGUUUGAACGGUGCUGAUGCUUUGCUCUUGGGUGGGCUUCUUUCUUCUUUCCAAGCCUUUGGUUUUGGGGUGUAUUGUUUUUUAUUUCUCCCCGCCCUGCAUAAACAGACACAGCCGUUGGCAGCCGGGCCGAUGCCUGCGUUGAGGGUGUGUUGAGGAGGCUCAGCUCUGAGCUGUGCUUCCUUCUGAUCCUGGUCUCCAGCCUGCAGAAGCCCCUCCAAACUCAAGGACAAGGUCUUGCCCCGGGUGAGCAAGGUGUGAAGGAUGCUACUGGGCUUUUCUGGGCAGGGCUCAGUGCAAGGCUGGCAGGUGCUGAGGAGCUGCUCCCUGUAGACACACUACCUCAAGGCUCAGCAGCAGCCCUUUGCCAGGGUCUCCUUUCAUGCCCCCUUCUCUGGGGGGCUCCAGGCUGCCUCUGGCACUUGUCCCAGGCCUCCCCUUCGGGCUAUGGCCUCUCUGUGUGUUUUUCCUAGUGUAGUGUGAUAUUAUGUGACUUUUCUCAGUCUUGUGUGCUCAGUGUCUCGUUGCGGGGGGAGGGAAGGGGAGAGGUCUGUAGAUGUAAGUAUUUUUUUGAGGGCUUACAAAGCCUAGGUGUCCUGUUUUAAUUUUGUCCUGUGCCCUCGUCUGUCUGGUGUUUUCUUGGCUUCCCAGGGGGUGCGAGGCAGAGAAUAUCCUGGUUCCCUGCGCCAUGUCCCACUCAAAUCCUGCUGGCUGUCUUCAGCCUGCUGUCUGGUUUUUGAGUUGGGUUUGUGGUGUUCUCCUACACUACUCAAAGAGGGCUCUUCACUGGGUUGUAGGAGAGCAGCCCUCUGUCCAGGAGAGAGCUCCUAUUCAUAUGCUUACAGCAAGACAUGCAGGCAAGAGCUGCCUGGGGGCCCUGCUCCCCUCCCCAAACCCCUCUUCCUGCAAAGGGCCUGCAGCUUGCAGCUGGGGCCAGUUAGGGCUUCAGCUUGAGCCUGGAGGCUCCAGGGCCUGUGAAAGGGAGCUGCAGGCCUCUCUGGCAGCUGUGUAGGUUGCUUUAUGUACCCUGGCUAGAGCUGCUGCCUGCAGGCUCACCUUGUUUCCCACCUCAAACAGUUGUGGAGCUGGAUGCCACCCUCUGGCAGGGAGGUGGGACUCAGUAUUUCACUACAGUAUUUCGCUUGAUACCUGUGCAAACAGACUGGUGCUGAGAGUGGGAGCGUCCUCUGAGCCUGCAGGGUGUUCAUCUCCCUGGUCCUGAACAUGGUGGUGGGGUCAUUGCAUUUGCUGUCAUCAGCCACUCCACUGCUGCAUUUCUUCUGUUCUGCAGUGUUGCUGAGGGCUUGUACCUGCAGCAGCUGCCAGCUCCUGCCUCAUGGACACCACCUGGGGUUGGAUACUCACUGAGUGAGCUCCUCUGGCUCUGAGGCUGCUGGUGGCCUGCCUGUGGGACAGCACAGCUGCUUGGGCAGAGGGGGAGGCAUUGCCCCUCAGGGCUCAGCCCCAUCUCCCCUGAAUCCUGGCAUGCUGGUCAGGGGACAAAACCCACUCUUGCUGAAGCAGCUGGUGCUGAUGGUGCUGGGCAGAACCAGCCUCCCUCUGCUUUUGGUCAAGGUAGACUUAAAAGCAAAACAGUGGAGAAAUAGACGGGUGGCAAAGGGGUGCCCAGCUCCUUGCCAGACACUUCUGCUUUGCAGCAUUAGGGUGCUGGCAGAGGUUGAGGGGGAGCAGUGGCCUCAAGAGGAGCAGAGCCCUCUCCCGGCAGGCACAGUGCCUGCCCUCUGCACUCCUGCUCACCUCCAGCAGUAUUGGCUCUGGGGCCUUGAGCUGACCCCACUUUCAGU